GCCACCAGGAACGCUUAGGCAAGACACAAACAACUUAAUUUACCCCCCCUACCCCCCUGUUCUUUUUCUUUCUGUCUGUCUCUCUCUCUCAAACACACACACAUUCACUCGGGAGAAUCUCCCUCCAACACGCAGCCCUCAAAAUACCCACAUGUUCGUGCAGCGGAAGUUUUUAAGCAGCCUUAUCUGAAGCUUUAUCUGAGUUGGAGAUGUGCUGCAGAAAGACAGGUCAAAGGGGACCGCAGGGCUGCCGCGGGACGAAGCAUUAGGGAUGUGAAACACAUGCCAGACCUGUCAUGUUCAAUUUACAGUUGACACGAUAUGUUAAUAUGUAGCGGAGCUGAGGUUUGCAUUUAAUUUCGGAUGCAGUUAAUCAGUGGCCUGCGUGGCUCGUCUCUCAGAAUCCUCAGAACCCUCGCAAUUAAUGACACAAAAGUGAGGAAAGGCUACACUCAAACUGCGCAGUGGCAGAGGAAAUCAAUCAUGGUGAAAGCAUUUUCCCAUGUCUUGUGUUUCCCCGACGAGCGUUUACUUUAUUUCGCCAAUUAUUAGAGCGAGAGUCGGGCCAGUGUUGAUUCUCACUGCGCCCGAGAAAGAUUUCACGGCCAUUCAUCAGCUCGCGAGGCGCACAAAUAGUCUUUAAAACUAUAAACACAAUCGCUGGGUCGGAGACAGGGGGACCCAUUUACCCCGUGGCUGCGCUAAACGCUGAAGAUAAAACAAACGAUAAUACUGUCUGUCUCCUGUGACCGUCUCCACAGGCAUUAAUAGCAGGUUUAGUGCCAACGGUGCGAGGGGAAACGCAGAGAGGUUAUGCGUCAUUACGCGCAGUUGACUCUAUUUUACUGCUGGCCAUUGGAGCCACGUAUAUAUUAUCAUUGUUGAAGUACAAAAUGCUCAUUGUAUGCUUAAUUGAACUACCUGUAUGUGUACUACACGUCGGUACAUCUGAAUUUCACAGUACUGGAAUGUAGAGCGCAAAAAUGCCCCAAAAAUGUUUAAAGGCACCUCGGCUUGCAAAGAACUCGCCGAAACGGCAGGAUGAAACCCCUCAGACCGAUAAAUCGAGACUAUUUUAUUGCCCGAGACAAACGUGUCACACAUGACACUUCUUCAGGAUAACCUGGCCUGCGGCGUGGGUGGGAGCGCCUAUGUGUGUGUGUGCAGAUUUGUUGUCGUCUGUUAUCGCGUCCAGAUAAGGCAGACAGCGGCUCCAGAAUCUGUCGGAGGCAGACGGCGGCAGAGUGUGUCACUCAUGGUUUCAGGUUCCGUGUCCAGGGACCCAACCUGUUGUCUGCUCCCCUCUUUCCUGGCUCUUGUCUGAUCCGUUUCCCCCUCGGGGAUCCAACUUAUCAGACACAUUAACCCCCGUUAAAUCUUCUCACCGAGCUAAAUACUGCGAGUUUGGCUCCCCACUCGCUGUUCAGACGCAUCUGAUGUGCACAGGGUUAGAUAAAUGAUUUCUCUCUUGGUACUUGAAGACGUGUAUAAACAUCCGUCCAAAUGCUUGGCCUUGAAACGCGUUUGCAUUGUGCGUAAUGACUAAGAGCAAUACCAAAAACCGUCCAACAAGUCACUUUCACUUAAAUAAAAAAUGCACAAUCAAUGCGAUCGAAAACCAAAGAAUAAUAAGAUAUAUGUCAUGCACCAGGAAUACGAAUCGCUGCUGAUUCUGAUUUGCUUUAGAAUGCGUUUAAUACAUCUGGUUGAGAUUGGAUGUGUAAAGUCUGUAGGUCAGGUCGCACCUACAGGCCUUACAUGUAGCAGACAUGACUUUACGUCAUUAUUGGGAGUAGUGGCCACUGGCUCCCCUCUCCCUCCUCCCCCCUGCGUCACCGAGAGGAGAGAGAGGCCAAGAAAAAAGUUAGGACACAUUCAAAGUUGACAUUCAAAAUGCACACUUCACUCAAGAUCAGUCUGGUAUACCAAACUAAUACUUACACCCAGUAAAUACCACCACGAAGGAAAGGGGUUUGUUGAUUUCUUUUUUGUUGCCUCCAUAUGACAGUUUAAUAGUUUUUUUUUUUUUUUUUUUUUUAGUUCUUGGAAAUGUUUCCCAGCCCCAGCACGUCCACCACUCCCUUCUCUGUAAAGGAUAUAUUAAACUUGGAGCAGAGUCAUGACGUUAUGGUGUCUCCUCUGGACGUUACUUCUCGCAUGGACUGCUGCACCGCGCCGACAUCCUCCUCCUCUUCCUCCUCCUCCUCCUCCUCCUGCAUGCUGGCCCGCCUGAAGCAGGAGCCUCUCCGGGACAUGUCGUCGGCCGCCGCCGCCGCCUCUCUGUUUGGAGAGGACACCCACGACUCCAAAGCCGGCAGAGGCAAUAAUGCACUCAGCUUUGCUUCUGCCUUUUACGGCAAAUCCCUCAUAGACAUGGAUCUAGAUAAGGACGGGAAAUCGGACGCGUUUGAGGGGAAACGAAGAAAAGCAGAGGAGUUUAGUGUUCCGGCCGAGGCUGCAGAGGACGUAAAACCCGAAGAUCCGGAACGACCCAAGCCCCGGAGACGCAGGAAGCCGCGGGUCCUCUUCUCACAGGCGCAGGUGUACGAGCUGGAGCGUCGCUUCAAGCAGCAGAGGUACCUGUCCGCACCGGAGAGAGACCACCUGGCCGGGGUGCUCAAACUCACCCCGACGCAGGUUAAGAUCUGGUUCCAGAACAGGAGGUACAAGUGCAAGCGGCAGAGGCAGGACCAGAGCCUGGAGAUGGUGUCCCUGCCGCCGCCCAGGAGGGUGUCGGUGCCGGUGUUGGUGCGGGAUGGGAAGCCCUGUCUGGCGGCGGACGCGGCCACCUACAACCCCUCCUACAGCAUGGGUCACAUCAACCAUUUCACGUACAACAACUAUCCAUCAUUCAGCAACUACACCAACCCCGGCUGCAACACAAACUAUGCAUGCAAUUACCCCGCAGCCACAAUGCAGACUAUGCAGGGUUCUUCCAACGCCGGGAAUUACAUGAACUUUGGAGUAGGAGACUUGAAUAAUGUCCAGAAUACAUUCCCUUCCAGCAAUGGGGUGUCUUCCUUACACGGUAUUAGGACGUGGUAAACGAAACAACGGACAAAAAAAAAGAAAAAAGAAAAAAAAAAGUCAAAUUCUAAUUCGGAUUAUAUUACAACUGCAUGCAUUUAAAACGUGUCCAAAGACAAUGCAGAGUUUGUGUAACUUCUCUUAUAUUUAAUGACUCUUUUUUUUUUGUCUGUUUGUUUUUGUCGUCAGCACCAGUUUUUGAAUGAAUAGCCCAAAUUUUCAUUUUAUUUUCAGCGCACAUGUAACUUGAAUAAUAAUGAACUGACUGCAACCAAGUUACAUAUAUAUUUAUAUAUAUUUUAAAUGAACCAAAAAAAUAAUAAAAAAAAAUGUUGUGGAUUGUUAAA